CAGGAAUAUUCCAACCCCGCAAACAAAACAUUCAAAGGGGACGCGCGUGUCCAUGUCGGGACAGUCCUCUUCUCGGACCUCUUGGCCAGCCUCCUCCCGCCCGCUCUUCCCCGCUUCGUCGCCCUUCCCUUCGGAGCCGGCUCCUCCCCGGGGGUGGUCCCGGGACUGGGAGGCCGCGCCGCGCACGCUCCAUAAGCGGAGGGGCCGCUGCUCGGAGCCCCGAGAUCCCGGCGCGGCCACGGGGAUGGCGAUGGGGAUGGUGCGGGCCGCGCGGAGCUGCUGGCUGCUGCUGUUGCUCUUCGGGGCGCUGACCUUGCAGGCCGACCGGCCAGGUUUUCAGCCAUUAUCUCAGCUAUCUGCCUAUGAAAUUAUUGUCCCCAAGAGGAUAACAAGAAAACACCGCGAUGUGCUGACAUCCAGGGCAGCAGAGGAUGAACUAUCAUUUGAAGUUGAUGUUGAAGGAACAAAGUAUACACUUGAACUAGAAAAAAACAAAGCCCUUGUGCCCAAAGACUUCACCGUUUAUACUUACAAUGCUGACGGCUCGCUGCAUUCCGAGAUUCUGGAUCUCAAGGAUCACUGCCACUAUCAGGGAUAUGUAAAAGGAGUAGCGGAUUCCUUAGUUGCUGUCAGCACUUGCUCUGGACUCAGGGGAUUAUUGCAAAUUGAGAGCAUCAGCUAUGGAAUUGAGCCUCUGGAUCCGCCCUCAGGCAACAAACACGUGAUCUACCGGUUGAAGAACGUGACGGUAGAUGAGGAUCAUAUGCGGUGCCAGCUUCCUGGAAAAAAGUGGGAAGGAGGAGAUCCUCCGCAGCCCGCCAGCAAGACUCAGCGGCUGAGAAGAAAAAGAGGUGUCCUCCUACAGACAAGAUAUGUGGAGCUCUUUAUAGUCGUGGACAAAGAAAGGUAUCAGCUGUUGGGCCAGAAUAAAACUUCUGUUACAGAAGAGAUGGUGCAUUUGGUCAACUACCUGGAUAGUAUGUACAUAGCACUGAACAUCCGCAUCGUGUUGGUUGGCUUGGAGAUCUGGACUCAGGAAAACAAGAUCCGCCUGGAAGGAGGUGCAGGAGACGUUCUUGCCAACUUUGUGCAGUGGCGAGAGCAGGAGCUUGUCCCGCGCCAAAGACAUGACAGUGCACAGUUUGUUCUGAAGAAAGCAUUUGGUGGCACAGCAGGGAUGGCUUACGUGGGCACCGUCUGCUCCAAGAGCCACGCCGGAGGCAUUAAUGUGUUUGGGCCCAUCAGUGUGCAGAUGUUUUCAUCGAUCGUUGCUCAUGAACUUGGCCACAACCUAGGAAUGAACCAUGACGAUGAAAGGAAGUGUGACUGUGGUUCAGAAAACUGUAUCAUGAACUCUGGAGCAUCAGGAGCCAGGAACUUCAGCAGCUGUAGCGAGGAAGACUUUGAAAAGCUAACUCUGAGCAAGGGUGGGAGCUGCCUCCUCAAUAUCCCCCGGCCUGAGGAAACCUAUAGCAUCCCGUACUGUGGCAACAAGCUAGUAGAUGCUGGAGAGGAAUGUGAUUGCGGAACACCAGAGGAAUGCCAGUUUGAUCCUUGCUGUGAGGCAGGAACUUGUCGACUCCACCCUGGGGCUGAUUGUGGUUAUGGAGACUGCUGUCACAACUGUCAUUUCCUGUCCAAAGGCACAGAGUGCCGUGAGCGGGCCAGUGAGUGCGACCUCCCCGAGUUCUGCAAUGGAACUUCACAGUUCUGCCCGCCAGACGUCACCAUUGAGAACGGGCACCCUUGCCACAAAGACGAGGCUUACUGCUACAACGGGCUCUGCCAGUAUUACAAUGCCCAGUGCCGGGGCAUCUUUGGGCCAAAAGCAAAGGCUGCUCCCCAAAUCUGCUUUUCUGAAGUGAAUUCCAAAGGUGACAGGUUUGGAAAUUGCGGCUACCAUGGGCAUGACUAUAAGAAGUGCUCGAGCUGGAACGCCAUGUGUGGGAAACUCCAAUGUGAGAAUGUGCAAAGCCUUCCUGUCUUUGGAAUCGAACCUGCCAUUAUCAAGUCUCCCAUCCAAGGUAACACCUGUUGGGGUGUGGACUUCCAGCUGGGAUCAGACGUACCAGAUCCAGGGAUGGUGAAUGAAGGCACCAAAUGUGCCCCUGGAAAGAUAUGUAAGCACUACCAAUGUGUGGAUGUCUCUGUUUUGGGUUCCAGCUGCAAUGCAGAGCAUCAGUGCAAUGGACGAGGGGUGUGCAAUAGCAAUAAGAACUGCCACUGUCACCCGGGGUGGGCCCCUCCCUACUGUGACACCAAAGGAUAUGGCGGCAGUCUGGACAGUGGACCUCCAUACAAUGAUGUGGAUAACACCACCAGAAAUUGGCUGCUGGCCUUCUUCUGCCUGAUUCUCCCUCUCCUGUUGCUUUUGCUCUUCACUUACCUCGCGAGGAAUCAGUUGCUGCCAUCCUUAAUGCCGUCGAUAGAGGCUUGUUGUGGGCGUUUCAGAAGAAGGUCAGACAAUAGGAUACAGGAGUCGGUACACACUUCCUACCCACCAAACAUUCCCUAUUCUACAAGGGACAUGUCGGCUCCUAUGAGCACACAAGCAAACAGAUAUCCUGUGCCAGCGUACACAGCUAAUCUGCAACCAUAUUGUGACACUUAUCACCACACUUCCCUGGAGCAGCACUGCAUCCCAAUGAGGCCUCCACCCCCUGUGCUGAAGACUGCAAAAACUCAGGAACCAAUUUACCCUUCUCGGCCUGCACCACUGCCUCCCGUAUAAAACUUCAGGUGUGUCCUUCACAACCCCCUCUGUUCACAGAGCUGGAGCCGCACCUGUUUUGCAUAAAGUGGCCCUUGAAACCUUUUCUUUCCCCCCAGCGCUGGAUAAGAAACGGAACAAAAUGCAAUACCAAGGAAUGUAAACUUACCAAACAAAUACCUCUACCAAAGCUCUGGGAACUGAAACCACUGGGCCUUUGAAAACUCUCUGUGCUGCGGUUGGGCUACAUUGCUGCAGAAGUGGGUCACUUUCUGGGUGUUAACUGUACUUCCCCCCCCCUUUUAGGGUUAUAUUUAAUCAUACAUGGUAUGUGGGUUCCCCCUCACAGAGAAUAAAACAUUGAGUGAAGAUGGACAUAACAUUAUUAGAGAUCAGUAGGAAAUCAAUUAGGAUUAAUUAGGAAAUGUUACUGUUUUUAAUCUAAAUCUAUAUUUUUCAAAAAGACUCAUAUCUUGAAGGCAGGCAGUUCUGCGUUUGCAGCGGAGAUCAGCUUAUGGUUAGCACUGAUUGGCGGAAGCUUAUGAUGUCCCCCAGAAGCCCACCUCCAAAAUCUGGAGCAAUUUUGCGCUUGUAAAAAAUUGUGCUUUUAAAAAAUGACUAAGACUAGCAAUGGACCUUUUUUUGCACUUUUACAAACAGAAAAGGGCAGCCUGAAGCAUGGCAGCUGAACUGGCCUGCAGAGCUGAGAAGAAGCCAGGCUCACACUAUGAUUGAGUUCUCUUUUUAAAUGUUACAUCUGUCUUCAGAUCCCAAAAUACCACUCCCCUCCCUCCCCCAGAGAAGAAGGGGUGAGGGAAGAUCUACACCAGGAAGAAGGGAGGUGGGAGGAAAGGUCAACAUCAGAAUCUGCUCCCCCAGUGGAUCCUGCUGCCCGAGGUGGCUGCUUCACCUUGCCUCAUGGGUAGGUCAUCCCGGCCUGUUGUUGUGUAGAGGCAGGUGUUAAGAAUCGCAGUUCAAAUUAGACCAGCACAUUUCUAGGAACAACAAUAGCUUCAUGUUAUGUGUGGGAACCUGUACACAAAAAGUCAAAACUCAUGUUGGACUGAAGUUCAUUACUUGUGUGCACGUAACUAAAAGGGCUUGCCGAUCAGAAGGUAACGUAAACUAGGGCUUGCCGAUCAGAAGGUUGGCGGUUCAAAUCCUCGUGACGGGGUGAGCUCCCGUUGCUCGGUCCCAGCUCCUGCCCACCUAGCAGUUCGAAAGCACGUCAAAGUGCAAGUAGAUAAAUAGGGACCGCUCCGGUGGGAAGGUAAACGGUGUUUCCGUGCGCUGCUCUGGUUUGCCAGAAGCAGCUUUGUCAUGCUGGCCACACGACCCAGAAGCUGUACGCCGGCUCCCUUGGCCAAUAACACAAGGUGAGCGCCACAACCCCAGAGUCGGUCACAACUGGACCUAAUGGCCAGGGGUCCCUUUACCUUUAACUAAAAGGCACAAGGUGGAAACACCAAGAAACAUCCCAAUUGGUGGAGAGAGAAAAAACCCAAUUUAGUUCAGUGAGACAUACUUCCAGCGCCAUCCUAGGCACAUUUAUCUGGAAUUAAGCGAACUGGGAUUUACUCCCUGGUAGGUGAGUGUAGGAUUGCAGCCUUAAUCUACUUCUUGCAAGAAGUUGAAAUGUAUUGUUAGCAUGUUUAUAUGUUUUAAUAGUGUGUCUCAAUGUUUAUUAUUAACACAUUUUAAAACAUAGACAGUUUGAACUGUCUGCUGGCUGACACUAAACUGUAGAUAAAAAAAUGUUAGGAUACUUUUACUUAACAAUUUUAGGUUACGGAAUAAAUUCUUCUAAUUUACCACUAAUGGUUAUUCAAAACAAAGGUACAAGAAAGUCACUUUUUGGGGACUAGGCUGGGGAGUGGGCUGCUCACAGUUCACAAGGCACUUAUAUUUAGCUCUCAUGAAUUUUCUUGAGUCCAAGUAUUCUAGCUUUUAAAUCAACAACAAAAUAAAACAUUAAGUGAAACACAGAGAGAUGCUUGAGUAUGUGAUGGCAAAAGCACAGAUUCAAUCUUUGGUACCUCUCUGUGGGCUAGUGCAGAGAUGCCACAGGUUCUUCCACCAUCACCAGCAAUCCUGCUGCUUCCACAGUUUGGCAUUUGUCAGACUCAGAAAGAUGCUAUGCAGAUACUGCUAAUGACAUGCAAAUUAGUGGCAACUCUUCCAUCUAGUUCUACUGAUGUAUUUCCAAUGUGGCCUUCAGACACCCAUGCAAGCUACUAAGAGCUGCUGAUGUUUCUCGUCUCUCUCUGUGUGUGUGUGUUUGCUGUUGGGAAUGUGAUCAUAACUGCUGACUGUGCGUACUAACCUGCAAAGUCAGUAUGCACUUUCCAGCUACUUUGCAAUGCACACACUUCAACUCAGCACACUUGCUGCAACAUCUUAAAUGUGAGAGCACCAGCCUUGGUGCAAAAUCCAUUUUUUAUUUAACCCCAUUGAAACUGUUAUGAGCACUUUAAACCCUAGCAGCCUGCUGAAGAAUUCAGUAUACUGUACAAUACGUAUAUUUCAUCACUUUUUCUUUUUUUUAUGUUGCUUUUUGUGUCAGUCAGGAUGUUUACAUUGGCUAAAUCUUGUUGGAUUGAAUUGCAUCAAUCUUUGCACCAUUGAUUAAGCCAGAUUUUUUAAAGAUGUACCUGCUAAAGAGAUUCUCUUUGACUGGGAGCUGUAGACUGAGAUUAGCUGAGGUGGCAGGGUUUCCCUGUGUGCUGUGCUUAGAUAGUAUAUUGUUCAUAGAAUCAUAGAAUUUCAUAAUGUGCAAGGACCGUUACAAAGAUACGGCUGCUACAAUAGCUUCAGAGAAUGAAACAUUUUGUAUUAAAUUAUGCUUAGAAUUAUUCCCACAUGGCUGCAAAUAUUCAGCAUAUGCUUGUUUGGUGAAUUUCUUCAUAAUUCUUGCCAAAAGGAAGUCUUUAACAGUGUGCAUAUAUUCUUAUAUAAAUAUAUGUCUGCAGUUGCAAUAAUAAAAUACUCGAACUAU